ACCACCGGCAGUUAGCAUGUGGGUGGCGACAAGGGCUUGCACGCUGUUAUAAGGGAUCCCACGAUACAUGACCUGGUGGGUUUGUCCUCUGCACGCCUUCAUUCUUUGUGGUUUCCGUUCUUACUAAACCCCCCUUCCCUCCUCCGUCGUGCACCUCCCAGGUCAAGGCCGACACUCCGAUCACUAAAGUCACAAUGCAGUGGGCUACUCUCGCUGCCGCCGCAGCGCUCUUCGCGCAGAAUGUCGCCGCCCAGCAGAUGCUGCGAUUUGCCUGCUCCCAGCUUGUCGUUGAGCGAACGGAUCCCCUCGUCAACCCCGGCAUGAAGUACACGCCGCAUCUUCAUCAGAUCGUUGGAGGCAAUAGCUUCAACGUGACGAUGGACCCGGCCAACGACCCGGCCACGCUCUCCACCUGCACAUCGUGCAGCUUCGUCCAGGACAAGUCGAACUACUGGACUGCCGUCAUGUUCUUCAAGGCGAAGAACGGCACCUAUCACCGUGUUCCCCAGGUCGGCAACGGUGGACCCCAGGGCGCUCUCCAGAACAAGGGUGGUCUUGAUGUCUACUACAUCCCCAGCGGCAAGGUGACUGCCUUCAAGAAGGGUUUCCGUAUGUUGGCUGGUUCAGCCACGAACACCGACGACAGCAAGGUUAACAAGGGCAACAUCUGCCAUCGUUGCUGGACGUCGUCGAACGAGAACACCUUCGUCGGCAUGCAGCCCUGCUCCGGCACCGACACUGUCGCCAUCCCGGCUGACACCACCUGCAAGAUGAUCCGCCAGACCAUCGUCUUCCCCGCCUGCUGGGACGGCAAGAACCUCGACUCUCCCGACCACCAGAGCCACGUCGCCUACGGCCAAGGAUCCGGUGCCACUGGCGGCGGUGCCUGCCCGUCUACUCACCCGGUCAAGCUUCCUCAGGUCAUGUACGAGCUCAUGUGGAACGUGACCACCUUUGCCGACAAGAGCCAGUGGCCCACUGAUGGCUCUAGGCCGUUCGUCUACUCCAUGAACCUUGGUGGCUCCGCUGCUCACGGUGACUACGUCUUCGGCUGGGAGGGAGACUCGCUCCAGAAGGCCAUGGACAACGGCUGCACCCUCAACCAGGCCUGCCCCAAGGCCGGUCUCACCACCCAGCCCGCCGCCACGUACAACGCGUGCAACAAGAAGCAGCAGGCUCCCGAGGAUGUCGACGGCUGGCUCAAGGCAAUGCCCAUGGGCGAGAUGGCCAUCAAGGCAUAGAGCAUCUGCAUUUGCAUUUCACCCCAAUAAAAUCCCUCCUCAACCGUCGUCUCGUCUCGGCUCCGCUUUCCGCUUUCUCGCUUUCUUCCCC